AUGAAAAAGGGACCGAGGAGGAGAGGACGACUGGUCCCCUCCCACCCCACUGCCCCCGGCAGCAUCAGACCAGUAGCCAUUUCCCGACCACAAAACCGCCAUUCUUGGAAACCUCGACCACUCCAACACUUCACACAACGUGUGGAUCCCCUUCGCUCCUCUCUGUCAGCCACCUUUCCACUCUUAUUAACUCCUUCCCUCCAACCCCCCCCCCCCCCCCCCCCCCCCCCCGACCUUUUUCCCACAAUGCUCGCCCGGUUCUUCUCCAUAAUUCGCCACAGCCUCGCCGUCUCCUCCAGUAACCGCCGCCAUGUCCCUCACCAUUAAGCUCCACAGCCACCCCCGCCACAGCCUGAACCACCCCGCCGCCCGCCUCUCGAGGCCUCCCAGUCUCAACCCCACCAAGAUCCGACCCGGACCCAUUUACCACGCCAACGCCCUCGCCCCGCUCGUGUACUCUCACCGCCCCAGGAUGAGCUCCGACGGGGCGGCCCGGGGUCCAAUUAAGAGCUCCCUGAUCGACCCUGACGGUGGCGCACUCGUCGAUCUAGUGGUGCCAGAGGCCGAGGCUGGCCCCAAGGCUGUGGAGGCCGAGUCGUUGCCCAAGGUGCGGCUGACGAGGAUCGAUCUCGAGUGGGUCCAUGUGAUCAGCGAGGGGUGGGCCAGCCCGCUGAAGGGGUUCAUGCGGGAGAGGGAGUACCUGCAGAGCCUGCAUUUCAAUUGCUUGAGGAUGGAGGACGGCUCCAUCGUGAACAUGUCCCUCCCCAUUGUCUUGGCCAUUGACGACGAGACGAAGGAGGCGAUUGGGUCGUCCCCGAAUGUGGCUAUUCUCGGACCGGACGGCAACUCGGUCGGCAUUCUCCGCAGCAUCGAAAUAUACAAGCACAACAAAGAGGAAAGAAUAGCCCGAACAUGGGGAACCAGUGCCCCUGGACUUCCCUACGUGGAAGAAGCCAUCACUCCCUCUGGGAACUGGCUCAUCGGAGGUGACCUGGAAGUGCUGAAGCCAAUAAAGUAUAAUGACGGGCUCGAUCACUACAGGCUGUCCCCCAAGCAGCUCCGCAAGGAAUUCGAUAAACGCCAGGCUGAUGCAGUCUUUGCUUUCCAAUUGAGAAACCCGGUGCAUAAUGGGCAUGCCCUGCUGAUGAAUGAUACGAGAAGGCGGUUGUUGGAAAUGGGUUACAAGAACCCAAUCCUGUUGCUUCAUCCCUUGGGAGGGUUCGUGAAGGCUGAUGAUGUGCCUCUUGAUGUCCGAAUGGAACAGCAUAGCAAGGUCCUUGAAGAUGGGGUUCUGGACCCUGAAACCACCAUUGUCUCCAUAUUCCCGUCUCCGAUGCAUUACGCAGGUCCCACUGAGGUUCAAUGGCAUGCCAAGGCAAGGAUCAAUGCAGGCGCUAACUUCUACAUCGUGGGUCGCGAUCCUGCUGGAAUGGGCCACCCGACCGAGAAGAGGGAUCUCUAUGACCCUGAUCACGGUAAAAAGGUCUUAAGCAUGGCCCCGGGCCUGGAGAAGCUCAACAUUUUGCCCUUCAGGGUGGCAGCUUAUGAUACAGUGGCAAAAAAGAUGGCAUUCUUCGACUCUUCACGUUCUCAAGAUUUUCUUUUCAUUUCAGGGACUAAGAUGCGAAAUUAUGCAAGGAGUGGCGAGAACCCUCCCGAUGGUUUUAUGUGUCCGGGAGGCUGGAAGGUACUCGUGCAGUACUACAAGAGCUUGCAAGCAGAGGAGGCAGCACAAGCUCCCGUUCUAUCAGCUUAGACCCGCGAAUUAGACUCGCUGAAAGUGAUUUUGAAGCGAUUUUAGAUUGGAUCUGGAUAGUUUCGGUUUCUUCUUUCCUUCUGAUGUUUUGCUUUUGCUUGUUGAUAUUAUGUAUUUAUUGCUCCUGCGGAUAUCAGGUUCAUUGGAAUUUUAUUUAACAUUCUUUGGGAGAGAACUAUGUACAAUGCCAAAAUGAAGAGGCCCUUCAGAUGGAUUUUUUUUUUUUU